AUGGCUACUGAAGACUCCACCAACGCACUUUUAAAAAUGGGCGUUUACAAAGAAAGCCCUUCAAAAUCAACAAAAAUGACUUCAAAGGAUGAAGUUCAAACAGUACCCUCUACUAUCCCAACGACACAAACUCAAAUCCAAACCCAACAAAAAAAUUCUCCCACAACUUCGAUCCAACCUAGUUCUAGUGGACAACAAAAUAUGCUUCCAGGACUUCCUUCUACUCCUCAACAAAAACAGGAUUCAGUAACGAUCCAUUCUGGUCCUUUACCUAUCCAACCAGCACCACACACUCCUCAACAUGGUGUUACGCCACAAUCCCAACAGCAUACUCCGUUAAGGCCUAAUUUAUCUGCGACAACGACACCUCAGACAACACCAAGUGGUAAACCUCCCGUCGGUAGUGACGAAUGGCAUCGACAACGUCGCGAGAAUCACAAAGAGGUUGAGCGUCGUCGCCGUGAUACGAUCAACGCUGGUAUUAAUGAUUUAGCCAAGAUCGUACCUGGUUGUGAGAAAAAUAAAGGAAGUAUUCUCAAUAGGGCGGUUCAAUAUAUUCAACAGCUUAAAGAGAAUGAGGCUGCGAACAUCGAAAAGUGGACAUUGGAGAAAUUGUUAACAGAUCAAGCCCUUCAGGAAUUACAAACACAAGUUGAGAUGCUUAAAUCUGAAAAUGGGAGACUUAGGGCAGAACUAGAAGAAUUACAGGGUCCAUCAAAAAAGAAGCAACGAACUGAUUGA